UUCAGUGAGCAUUCUUAACGACGUCUCGCUCAGUGAACAGGCACCCGACCGUCGGUGAAGGAGUGUUUCCAAAAAUGACUGGAAAGACAUUUUUAAGGGAAUAAGAGUAGACUGGAAACACAAGGGAAACGAAAAAGAAAGAUUAAAUAACAGAGCCUUCACUUCCUGCACUGUGACCUCAAACACCGGCUUCCCCUGCAGACUGAAUUCCUGUAGGCAGUAAAGAUCUGCAUCAGACUGAAAAGAAGUGGGAAAAGAAGAACCGGUCUCAACUCAAGCUGGUCCUCAAUGGACCAUUAAGUCUGUUCAGGCCUUCCGGGUAAAAGCGAUGUUUUUGGGAGCUGGAGGACGUAGCAGAGUGUGUGUGGGGCCUCUCCUCUCCCUCUUUCCCAGCACCCCUCCUGACAUGGGAUGCCAGCCCCCUACCUCCCUGCCCUGAGCUCACCUGGGGUGUUAUGAACAGCUACAGAGACAGAGGGGUCACUUGCACCUCCUCGGACCUCCUGGAUGGAGGAGGAGGAGGGGGGGGAGAGUUGCCCCAGCAAACUCCAUUUCGCCACACCCCCAAUGGCCAUCCAGCUCUUGGCCUCACAGACCCGGCCAUGCAGCCACGCUUCUCGGUGCCCAAAAUGGGUGUCCGGGCUAGGAUUGCAGAAUGGCCGCCACGCCGUGCGCAGUCCAGGGAGUCACUGCUUGAAAACGGGCAAAUCAGCAACAAUAUAAUGUCCUCAUCAGUUUUGUCAUCGGACAUUGGGUUGGUGCGGGGAGGAGUUGCCAGGUUGCCAAGACGACGGUCGAAGGAUGUUGAGUUUAGAGGAGGAAUGUUUGGCGGGGAAAGAGGUUCACCUUUGAGCCUCAGAGUGUUUCCUCCUUUGAGACAGCGUUCCAACAGCGAGGUGACACUAAGUGAGCAAGACGAGAACGAGGUGGAGGUCCGUGGAGGUGGCGGGAUGGGGACCCUUUUCAGAGAGUACGGCAGCACCUCUUCCAUCGACAUCCAGGGCAUUCCCGAGCAGAGUUUCUUCGACAUGCUCAGCCAGUUCCACCAGGAGAGGCCUGACCAGCGCAGCUCAGCGCCUACACGCCUCAGAGAGCUGCUGCAAGCCCAAGACUCGAGCACACCCCUACCCUCUGCUCCCUCGCCUGGUCCCACAGGGGACGACAGAGGGACGGGAAAGAAAGAGGGCGCAGAGAGAGUGAGGAAAAAAAGUGGAGGGACGGAGUCCUCGCUGGGCACCUCCUCUUUGUUCAGGAAACUUAGGAGCUCUAGCCGUGGUGAUUUGGACGGAGGUAAAGGAGAGACUAAUGAGGACGGGGCCUCCUACAAACCAUGGAUUUGCCCAAAGAGCUUUGUCCACUUUGAUGCUCAGAGUAUUCUGUUUGACCUCCACGAGGCGGCGGCUCAGCGGGGCUAUGCUGCCCAGAGGAGGAACACUGCCACCGGGGCGUCAGCUGCUUCAGUGUCCCUGUCUGUCUCGAGAUCCUCAGCUGUGACCGACCCUGUUUACUCUAGCAUAGAGGACCUCACCCUGAGCCUCGACCCCGGAUCCACUACACCCUCCCUUGGCUUGGCCUUGGAACCUCUGGACGGACCUCCUGGAGCCCACAACUCAAGCCCUCUGCUCCUUUGCUGCCCCCACUUCCUCAAUGAGACCGGGGGCCAUGGGGAGCGUAACAUUAGCUUCCUAAGCUCGUCAGCAGAGCGAAGCGCUGACAGAGGAGGAGACGGACUGAGGGGUUGGCUGAGGAAGAGUAACGCUAGCGUCUCAGUGCUGGAGGUUCCUAUUGAACAGCAGGUGACGAGACUGGACCGACUGAAACUGUACAGCAUAGAGCAUGUAGACCUGGGGGCCAGGUACUACAGAGACUACUUCCAUGGAAAAGAGCACUCAAACUACUUUGGGACAGAUGAUAAGAUGGGUGCUGUGGCUGUGAGCAUUCGCAGGGAGAAACUGGAAGACACCAAAGACCUGAAAGACCAGUACCAGUACCGACUCAUCGUCAGAACCAACGAGCUUGUGACCCUGCGAGGCUCCAUAUUAGAGGACGCGGUCGCCUCUACGGGGAGGCACGGCACAGUGCGGGGUCUGCCACUCAAGGAGGUGCUGGAGCAGGUCGUCCCCGAGCUCAGUGUCUCCUGCUUGAGACUUGCGGUCAGCACGCCCAAAGUCACCGAGCAGCUCCUCAAAUUGGACGAACAGGGAUUAAGUCAGAAGCACAAGGUGGGCGUUCUGCUGUGCCGUGCGGGCCAGAGCACCGAGGAGGAGAUGUACAACAACGAGGGGGCAUCGCCCGCCUUCUCUGCCUUCCUGGAGCUGCUGGGGGAACAAGUGCUCCUCAAAGGAUUCACCAAAUACGCCGCACAGCUCGACACUAAGACGGACUCCACAGGCACCCACUCCCUGUACACCGCCUACCAGGGCUACGAGGUCAUGUUCCACGUGUCCACCAUGCUUCCCUAUAUGCCCAACAACCCCCAGCAGCUCCUGAGAAAGAGGCACAUAGGGAAUGACAUCGUCACCAUAAUCUUUCAGGAGCCGGGAGCGUUACCUUUCACCCCCCAGAACAUUCGCUCACAUUUCCAGCACGUCUUUGUUAUUGUGCGUGUGCACAACCCCUGCUCUGAAAACACCUGUUACAGUGUUGCUGUAACGAGAAUGAAGGAUGUACCUCCUUUUGGUCCACCCAUCCCCAACGGUGUCACCUUCAGGGACCCAGAAACCUUCCGUAACUUCCUCUUAGCCAAAGUCAUCAAUGCCGAAAGCGCAGCGCACAAAUCCGAGAAGUUCCACACCAUGGCGACACGGACGCGGCAGGAGUACCUGCGUGACCUGGCUGAGAACUGCGUAACCAGUACGCCGCUCGACUCGGCCGGCAAACUUAACAACCUCAUCUCCCUCGCAUCCAAAAAACGCGAGCGCGCCAAAGCAAGAGAGGGGGCGGAGCUUGGAGCUGCGGGAGCCGUCGCCUGGAGGGUCCAGGCCCAGGACUUCAGUGGAGGUGGGACGGAGCUCCCCUGUGCCUUGGGCUUGUCAGCUGAGUACAUCCUCCUCACGGACUGUUCUACCAAAGAGGUUGUGUUUAACUGUUUCUGUGCCGAUGUCAUUGGCUGGACACCGGAGCGGCUGGCACUGAAGAUCUUCUAUGGCAGAGGAGACCACAUCGCAGUGCGAGUACCAGAGGGCUGUGCACAGGACAUCAGGGAGGUGGUGCAGAGGUUGAAGUCUUUGACAGUGGGAUGUGAGACAGUGGACAUGACUCUGAGGAGAAACGGACUCGGACAACUGGGCUUCCAUGUUCGCCUGGACGGCACUGUGGCCGAGGUGGAGGAGUACGGCUUUGCUUGGCAGGCCGGACUGAGACAGGGCAGCCGGUUGGUGGAGAUCUGCAAGGUGGCAGCAGUGACGCUGACUCACGAGCAGAUGAUCGACCUCCUGAGGACGUCGGUCACUGUGAAAGUGGUCAUCAUACCUCCAUAUGAAGAGGGCGGGCCUCGCAGGGGUUGCACUGAGGAGUAUGAGAUGAAGACCAUGGAGCAGAAGCCAGAACCAGAGCCUCUGGCGGCAGGAUACAGACCAUCUCCUCGCUCCACGUGGAGGUGGGACAGCCCACCAAUUCCUGCAGGGCUCCACAUUGCCCCCAACGCCCAGCGCUGGGCCCCCAUGGGUCCCCCGCCUCCUCCACUGCCACGCUCACACAAGGCCAUUAUGUCCGUUCCCUACAGGGAGCCCCAGCACCUCAACUCCAAGAGGCCUGUGAGCUACCCAGAGAACCACUAUAGUCUGUCUCCUGCGGGGGGCGACAGAGUGCUGGCCUACAGAAACCCCUCAGCCAGCUUCUCCUCCCCCUCCUCAGGCCUUAUCGGUCUGUCCACGAUGGGGCCACCUGGGAUCACACCAGGCCCCUUCGUACGCUACAAACCCUCACCUGACAGAUAUGGAACAGGACAGCGCCCCCUGCUGCCCUAUGAGCCCCACCUCAGUGUGGACAUGAACUCCAGUGGAGAGUCUUCCUCAGGCUUCACCAGUCAGGAGAGCACCAUGGAGCGCUGCAAAACAGAGCCCCUCUGGCAUGUCCCCGCUUCAUCUUCCCGGGGUCCGGGUGCUGGAGGAGGUCAGAGGAGACAAACUAGACAGGAUGUCCCGGGUAAAGACUCUCCAAACAGACACUCAAAGGGUGAGACUCAGUACUCCAGCCACUCCAGCAGCAACACUCUGUCUAGCAACGCCUCAAGCGGCCACAGCGACGAGCGCUGGUUCGAAGGAGGAGCCGGAGGGGAGCGAGGAGGCAGCGGGAGUUGUCUUAUCGACCCAGCUGACCCGGACCCAGACCUUCUCAACAAGGGGGGGUCAAACGACAGCGGCAUCGACGCCUCAACGCACUACAACAACGCUCGUCAAGGAAACGUGUCAAACAGCCAGUCGCAUAAGCCCAUGCACUCCUUCGUCACCUACAGCGGCAUGCAGGAGCUGUCUGUGGGAAGGAGCAGCGGCGGGGGAGAGGUGAGGAGAAGAGAGUCCUCCCCAAUCAUACCAGCAUCAGCCAACCAGAACAAAGGGUACCUGACGAGGACAUUCCCGCCUCCUGGCUCCAGUGCUGAUAAAAUGGAUGCUUUCAAACCCAGGGCCUACACACCCCAGGGUUACAAGAGUCCAGCAGAGAAAGCUCGGCCUAUCCGAGCAGCUACCACUACGCCAACUUCAGCUCAUUUAAGCUCCACCCCUCUGUCCAGCUCCGCCCCCAAGUCCUCCUGGACAGGGAAGAGCAGACAAACUGCCUGGCAGGGCGACGACAGAGGCCCAUCACCUUUAAAUGCAACGACAUCCAGUUCAGACAGCAACAGCAGCAAGAAGCAGGUGGAUAUGAACUCAAAGAACGUGUUUGGACAACCUCGACUCAGAGCGUCACUAAGGGACCUGCGUUCUCCGAGACGGACGUACAAAAGCACCAUCGAGGACGACCUGAAGAAACUGAUCAUCAUGGACAACCCUGGAGAGACACCACAAAGAGAUCCAUCUCCCAGACGGACUUUGCAGCGCACCUUCUCAGACGAGUCGCUGUGCAGUGGGCGCAGAGAGGCAAGCUUCGCCAACUCUGAGAACCAGACGACUCCCACUGACUUACUGUUCACCUGCACGCUGCCCACACGCAGACACAUGCAGAGCAAAAAGGUUCCUCUGUCGGCCUCAGAGCUGUCUCUCACAGAAGUAAGAGACAAAGUCCCCCCCCUGAGGAGGCUGGACCCCGGGCUGAUGCCUCUCCCUGACACAGCCUGUGGACUGGAGUGGUCCAGCCUGGUCAAUGCUGCUAAAGUCUACGAAGGUGAGGCCGGAGAGUCUUCAGGAUUAGCACAAAGAGCCGUCUCCCUCUUCUCGCUGAAUGAGCCACAGGCUGGAGGUCCAGACAUGAGACCAGCCGUCAGUCCAGUCCAGUUUCAGACUCCUCAGACUCCUCGGACCACGCCCACCUUCAGCUGCGACGAGGUGCCCAACGAAUUGUCUGGUCGGCUCUACCACCUGGAAGUGAUGCUGAAACAGCUCAACAAUGAUCUGGAGAGAGAGAAGCAUGAUAAAGUCGUCCUGCUCGCAGAGAUGGCCAACCUAAGAGAGAACAACCAGCGGCUGCAGGAGGAGAGCCUGACAGCCAGCGAGCAGCUCAAAAAGUUCAGUCGUCUUUACACAAACCCCAAGAGCGAGAGCGACCACGAGGCUCACUCCUUAACACACGAACAUGACUCAAAGAGGGAGUGACACCAGCACCUGCAGGAGGAGAAGAGGGAGAUAUUCAGGCCGCAGAGGGAGGACGACUGUGAGACAAAUCCUCUUUCCUUGCACACACAGGGGCAGCAAAGGUCACAAUGAUGUCACCUCACACAGCUUCCACUGGACUGCCUUAAACUGUAGAGAGAGUGAGGGGAAAAAAACAACCUGAUUUUUCUAAUGCAACACUCCCCGAGCCUGUUCACACACACACACACACACACACACACACACACACACACACACACACACACACAGAGCAGGGAGCCUCCCUCUCUGUAGUCUGAGCCUGUUUAUUUUUGUAAACUGAAGUGGAAAAGUCUUAUAGACCUGUCCUAUGUUUAAAUACUUACCUACUAUGCCAGAGGAGCGAGUGCAGGAGGAGAACCUGACUGUUUAAGAGACAUUACAUCACCUGGAGAGGCCUAGUACUGUUUCUGCAGCAAAUCAGCCAAAAACUAAAGACUCAUUACAGACUGCAUCUCCCAGAAUGCACUAGAAGUAUGGAGACUCUACAGACAUGGUACUGUAGAUAGAUGAGGUACAAUUCUCAUGUAUCAAUAUGACCUUUAUUGUACUGAUAUUGUAUAACAGUCUUACUAAAGAGGUGUGUGUGUGUGUGUGUGUGUGUGUGUGUGUGUGUGUGUGUGUGUGUUUGGGUGUACAGAUGGUACAGAUACUCAGAAGCAUUACAGCACAAAUGUUUUUGUGCUCAAUUUCUUUCCCUUUGGUGUGUGUGUGUGUGUGUGUGUGUGUGUGUGUGAAUGUGAUGGACUUCUGAGUGAAGAACAAACCUGUUUACGGUCAUAUAAAAACGUUUGGGCCACAUUAUUCUUCUUUCCUCCGUAAACAUGGACGAACCACAGUCCCUGAGAUGUGAAACAAGCCAUCAGGGAGUGUAAACAGUCCACGUCUUAAAACUCGGAGAUAAACUGAAUUUUAUCUUUAGUGUAGUGAUUUGUUUUAAAUUUGAUCGUCACUGUUUUUAGCAGUGCUGCAUCAUCUCAGACCUAAAUGUACUGAAAGUGUAUUUUAUCCCUGUGACAUUCUCUCACUGCGUCUUUUGAAAUGAUCUUUUCAUUCUGAUAUUGAAACAGAUGUAUGACAUGUCAAGUCAAAUGCAUUAUGCGUUUUAGAAAUCUAUUCCUUAAUUAUGAAGCUGCUCUGAUUAGCUUAGCAUAAAUACUAGAAACAGACAAAAGCGGUUAGCUUUGCUCUGCCAAAAUACAACAGGAUGAGCUUUACAGCACUUCUAAAGGUCAUAAACUAACACAUUAAAUAAAUAUAAAGUCACCCUUUAAGAUAGUCCAUUCUAAAUUUACAGGCUUUUGUUUUGGGAUCCUUGUAGUCAUUUCCAGGAGACUCCAUGGGUUGCCUGGUAACCGGUUCCGUUGUCACUACUUCUGUAACCGUGUUCGAUCCUGCUAUCUGAUUAGUUAUUUCAGCUAACUGCUGAAGAAGAUUUUGUUUAGCUUUUUCUUGUUUUACUAUUAUAAUAUUUUUGCCUGCUUUUGAAAACAGUUAGCAGACAUCUUGCCCUCAUACUAUUUUAAUAAAACAUACUAAGAUAUAACAAGUAUUAAGUGAACUUUAGGGGUGCUGCUGGGUAGAUUUUGUCACUUUUAGGGGCUAGCUGUUCUCCCUUGUAUCCGUCUUUAUGCUAAGCUAAGCUUUGUUCAUUACCCCCCAUGAGUCAAUCUCUCCAUCCCGCUCUCUUCCAGACAGAAAGUCAAACUAUUGUUGUUAUUGCUUCUUCUCUGCAUAGCCAAAUAAUCAACAUGAAACUGUACAUGAAACUCACUGGACAACACUGAAGCUCCGUCAUAUCUAAAUUGCUCUCUGUGUGUGUGUGUGUGUGUGUGUGUGUGUGUGUAUGUGUGUGUAUGUGUGUGUAUGUGUGCGCGCGCAUGUGUGAGAGAGAGAGAGGAUUUGUCGCUGUGUUCUGUGAUAAGAACCCAAAAUGAACACAAACUACACUAUUUAUACUGCUAACUUUAACGAUAUUGUGUACUAUAUCUAUUUUUCAUACAGUAGUAGUGUGUUUUGGAUCCUGGGACUGAAAGGACAAAUCCUCCCUGCAAAGGAUGAAUCUAAGCUUUCUGUGUCAGAACGGAUAAUUUCUGAUCAAACUGAAUUUAAUGAUCAUCUCCUGCUCUGUAGAUCAGCUACUUUUUCCUGGUCUGACUGGAACUGUUGUAUUGUCACACCCCACCUCACUCAGGUUUCUCGAGAUGCUGUUAAAGACUCUAACCAUGUGGACGUUUGGGCUGAGAAGCAGAUAAUUUGUCAUUGUAGUUCCCCUUUAAAUAGUUACCGGUAUGCAUAUUAGAAAACCAAUUAGCAGCGAUUUUAAGACUAUUUUUAAAUUUUUAAUCUAUUGCCAUGAUUUUAAAAUGUUGAAUUAGCAGGAUUAGCCUAAACAGACUUUCUCCACACCUGGACAUGUAGUAAUAUGUGCCCUGAAGUUUUAGCUAACACGCCUACUCCUCUUAUGAACAAAACUUCCUUCUACUGGCACAUGAUCUGUAGAGAAAACGAACAGUCUGUCCUCCUGCUCCGCCUCAGCCUUUAAUGUCUCCACCUCCUUUAUUCUCCUGCAGCUAGUCACAUCAACUUUUAUAACAGUAGACUUUAUACUUGAGCCUAUUUUCACCUUUACUAGUCCGUCGUCACAGAUUAAAAAUAUAAUGAGGUUCGCUUCAUGACUGGAACAAUUUCUUGUCUUUGUGCAGCUUCGCAGGUGUCGCUGUGAUUUUAGUAUCUGCAUCUCUCACUAGUUUGCUUUGUAAAACUGGCAAGGUUUUCCUCUUUUGAAUAUCUAUUUUGUUCAUGUUAUGUGUACUGUAAGCUUUUGAUAGCGUACACCUGAAUCCCUGUUGAACAAAUGAAUAUUGCAUUAUGGUUAACGGUAAUAUUGUAUGCCUAGGUUUGUUUUUUAGAUGUUUUAAUAUUUUGAUAAUUUAUUUUUUAACACAUUCCCACUGUUGCAGACAAUAGUGAAGAUAAGAGGGUACUGUGUUUUAUUUGUGUAUGCGUUCUUUUCUUCUGAUCUCUGUACAAAAACAUGAUUUGUAUGAUUUAUUGUUUUUUUGUUUUUUUCUAUUUUCUCGAGUCGUUGUUCCUCCUUGUGCAUCACUGCUUCCUGCAUGUUGCAGAGGUUUGAGGUGCAAAGAUGAAAAGGUGUGGUUCCAUAUUGUUUUCUUUGGGUUGUAAUAACUUGUACAUUUAAAAGUGUAAAUUAUGUUUCCAUUAUUUUAUACAAAAUAUAUUAAAAUAACUAUCAAAACAAUG